AUGAGUGAGCUGCAGCGCCGGUGGGCACGGGCCAAGAUGGACGCCCAUGUCGGCAGCAGCGGCGGCGGGCGCCUUGACGAAGAGGACGGGGAGGCGAGUGGUGGCGAGGUUGGUGCUGCGGACGGACGUGCAUCCUUUGACGAUGACUCGGCCUCGUCAGCGUCGUCCGCAUCAUCGGCCGGCACCGUCGUGCCGUCGGCCAGCCAGCAUCUUUUUGCCCGGCCACAGGGCGGUCUCUCGCGUGGCCGCGGCGGCAGCACAGGCAGCAGCAGUGGUGGCCGGACGCUGGAGCCCAUCGCCUGGACGGCCUUUUUCGAGCGCGAGCUGUUCCUCGAGGCCGACGACGGCAGCGGCAUCGUGCACCACGCCUACGUGACCUCGCCCACGGGCGGCGGCCCUCUGUUUGUCAUGCACCACGGCGCGGGCUCGUCGGGCCUCUCGUUUGCUGUCGUCGGCGCCGAAAUUCGCAAGCGGCUGCCCGCCGCCGGCAUUCUGUCGCUCGACGCACGCGACCACGGCCUGACGAAAGCCCCGGGCGACCUGGGCACCGACUUGAGCCUCGCCACCCUCAGCAGCGACUUGCUGGCCGUCAUCCGCCUUGCCCAGGCGCAGAUGCACUGGCCCGAUGCGCCGCCUCUGGUGCUCGUGGGCCACUCGCUGGGCGGUGCCGUCGUCACCGACCUGGCGUAUUCCGGCCGCCUGAACACGACGCCCACCUCGUCGCCGCUGCUGGGGUUUGCCGUGCUGGACGUUGUCGAGGGCUCGGCCAUGGACGCGCUGCAGAGCAUGCAGACGUACCUGGGCACGCGGCCGCCCGGGUUCCCGACGCUGGAGAACGGCAUCGAGUGGCACAUCCGGUCACGAACGGUCCGCAACGCGACAUCCGCACGGACGAGUGUUCCGGCGCUGUUGGUCGACGGCAGUCGCGGCGGCCAGGCGGGUGGCUCAGAUGGAGACGGCCACGAGGACAGGACCGAAACAGGCGCAAGCAGCACAUCUAUAUCCGAGGACAGUGCACAACCAUCGUCAUCGGCGUCUACGACCGACGGCUCUGACGCGAAACGCCGGAGAUGGCGAUGGCGGACGAACUUGGGGGCGACACAGCCGUUCUGGGAGGGCUGGUUUGUCGGGCUCAGCAAGAAGUUUUUGGGCGCGCGCGGCGGCAAGUUGUUGCUGUUGGCCGGCACAGACCGUCUCGACACCGAGCUGACAAUUGGCCAAAUGCAGGGAAAAUAUGCUCUGCAAGUCUUCCCCGAGGCGGGCCACUUUAUCCACGAGGACCUGCCCGAGAAAACGGCACUGACCCUCGUCGACUUUUACCACCGCAACAACCGCGGCGCGCUGGUUCUGCCGCCCAAAGUCUCGGAGCUGCUGGCGCAGGGCAAAAAGGUAUAG